AUGUCUGCCCCCAGUCUUUCUGCCCUGAGCGCCUACCGGCAAAUCCUGCGCGCUACCCGGGUCGCAUUUAGAGAUGAUCUACGAGUGAUGAUUGCUGCUCGCCAGGAGGCCCGCCGUAACUUCGACCAGAACCGCCGUGUUGCCAUCGAUACCGGCAUGCAGAUCAACCACGCCAUCGAGGUGGCCAACAUCUUGCGACACAACCUGGUGCAGGGCGCCCGGGAGGAUGGCGACGAGUCUGCUAAGUGGCAACUCCGCAUCCACGACGAGAUCGAGCGCGGCGACAACGAUUCAAUUAAAGUCGGCGACAAGGAUGUCAAGAUCCACAAGGCCUGCUCUUCCUAA